GCUUUGCGUGAGUUGGACCUUGGCGUCUACGACGAGGCUCUGUCUCGAGUGGGCGAAGUUACCCCCGAGGUGAGCGACAUCGAGCAUCUCGUUCUGUCCGGAGGUGCCGUCGCUCGGUCUCAGGGGACGCCUUCCUUGUGUCGUGGUCAAGCAGGUCAGACAUGUUGCUUCGCUUCGAAUGGUGGCGGCGGACGGGCUCGAGGGCAUCACCUCGGUCGCUGUAUCUUCUGCGACGUAGAAGCCAUGACCAAAACAGUGCAGAGCCAGCAAGGCCGCGGCAAUGUCGUCCGCUUUCUGAAGAAAUGGCGGAUGCAAGCGCCCGACAUAUAUGAAGCGGCGCUAGAGCGGAGCGCUUUUCGUUCCCUACCGCAGGAGAUAAGAGCUGCGCUGACAACUGAGCCACGCGAGCCAUCUGUCAAGCCGGAUAAGAACACCGUGCUCUCUUGGCGCUCCUCCGUAGCUGCUCCUCCCAACGACGAGGAUUACAAAGCGUGGGUGGACUCCGACCGGGCGUAUGUGCAGAAGAAGUUCUUUCCUAGUCGUCCGCGCAGGGUGCGUCAUGCAGGGUGGCAGUGGCAGAACCCUAUGUCGGAGGACCUGACAAAGACAAUUCACGAUGUGGCUCCUAACGACACGGGUCUUCCUGCAGCAUGUGCAAGUCUUUCGGCGAUUGCUGUAGAGGCCUGGUGUCAGCGUGCAUCCUGGGGGCUCUGUGCGCUUUGUGGGUCGGUGCAGCCACAGCAUCUGAAAGAAGCAGCAACCCGCAAGUUGCCAGCCUCGGUGAUCAAGCGGUGCAAGAAUUGCGAGAAGAACGAGACCAAGCAGAUCUGGGUCCCCUGGCCGGAGGAGGUUCCACAGCCACUCCAGGGUCUGUCCCGCGAAGUUCUUCUGGCUCUGCGGCCUUUAGAUGUGGAUUGUGGACCGGAGUGGAAGGCCGACUACGGCUAUUAUUUCCACAGCACCAUGCUGCGGCUUGCGUGGUCGGCGCAGGACGUGGAGGAGAAGAUCGCUGGCUUGGAUCGCCCUGAUCGACGCAGUGCCGGCAAGGCUGAACGGUGUUUUGCGGCAUUCGAGUUCCUCAUGAGCAGCGACAACUCCAGCUAUGCCUCUUUUGUGCAGCGCCACCGCAGCUUCCUGCAGAAAUAUCCAGUUGCUGACCAGGACAGACGCAAGCGGCCACUGCGAUACAUCGAGGAAGAAGCUGUGGAGUGUGCGCUCUGGCCUCACUUGUACUGGGACAAGCGGCUAUGCGAGACCACUGCUCGCCUGGCCGAUGCAAGGCGUGUGCAGCGCAGGCAAGAAGCCGCAGCUGCCGAGAUGGAGGGUGACGAGGAGGAGUUCGACCCGGAUGCAGGAGAGGAGGAGCCUGCCCGCAGACAAAGUCUGAAGCGCAGCUUUCUCGCAAAAGCCAUGGGGCCCAUUGCAGACUACGCCGGCGACUACGAACUGCUUCAUUUUGUUUUUGAUCUGUCCACCUGGUCUGACGUCGGCGGCAAGAAAGGCGCUCUGCGUGGCACGCCCAUGUGGCAAGCCAUGAAAGGCGCGCCCUGGACGCCCCAGUACUGGAAGGUGAGACACGCAGCGGCCCUUGACAUGCAGGCGCAGUGUGGCUUCCCAGCGGCAUUUCUGACGUGGGCUCCUUUUGAAUGGUCCGCGCCGUACCACGAAUGGCUGCUGCAACAGAUGGCGCAACUGGGUCGCCAGCGUUUGCAACUGGCAGGCCCCGAGACACUGCACCUUGCCCACAUCCUCACAGAGCUGUUUCGUGAAUGGGUCUGCGGUGGCGGCUUGAAGUUCGGCGAGAGCUCCAGUGUUUGGCGAUCGGCGGUCCUUGGAGGCGUUACCGAGGAUGGGCGCAGGCUCAAGGUCAAUUUCAUUGGGCGUCUCGAAUUCCAAGAUGGCAAAAGAAAGGAAGCGACCCAAAGCUACCAUGGACGUGCUGCCGUCCACUUGCAUGGCCUUGUCUUCGCAGAGAGCAUUGGGCCCAUGAAGCUUCCAGAGAAGGCAAGCGCCACAGUACCACCAGAAGGCGACCCGCUUCGUGGUUAUGUUCUCGAUGGUCAGACUGGCCGCACCGGCAGUGGCUGGCCACAGCAUGCGGGCGAGAAUGAGUAUGACUCAGCGCAGGACAAGGUGCGGCUCCAUCACACUGCCUUGGACAGUCGGCUGGGCAUCCGGGGCUACCUGCCUGAAGUGAUGGACGUCCUCAAAUGUCAUCAAGACCUGCAGCUGGACCGUGGUUCUGGGCUCAUGCUCAAGUACACCGCCACGUACCUGCCGAAGUUCAGCGACGGUCCGGGCAAGGAGCUCAUGGAUGACACCAGCAGCGGCUAUGGCGCAGCUCGUCGAGUCCUCUUCACCUUUCACCCGGGAGAACCAGAGAUGUGGCUUCUCCUCGCCAACCAGACCUUCCCCAUGUUCUUCAUGGGGGGCACGAUGCAGCCGAUCAUUGCACCCCACCCCGGUAUGGAGGCGAAGCCUGAGUACCUCCAGCUGUACGAAGCCGCAACCUGGCGCGGCGAGAUGCCACUGAUCGAGUACCUGCGGAAGGUCAACAAGAAGGGCAGCAUCCUGGAGCACAUCCGCAAGGCCUACUUGAAGACGGACGGUUCCAUCAGCUUGCACACUUUCGCGCUGCGUUAUGAAACAUUCGGCGAGAAGAUCAUCGCCGCAGAAAUGGUCUCCAUGCAGAACGACAAGUUCUUCGGGCAGUGGAUGGCACUCCACAUUCCCUAUAAGCGCCUCGAGGAUCUUUUGCUCCCGGACAUCGUUCAGGCCGUCCCCGAGCAAGUCAAGUUCCUCGCCUGCGCCUUGCAUUGGGCCCCGGAGCUCUGGCGCGACGAGGCGCGCGUUCGUGACUAUAUGGCUCUCCGUGCACACCGUGAGGCCUUCAUCGAAACCGUCAUCCACAGGAUCCGAGCUCAAGACUUCUUCAUCCAGCAGCACCUCUCUGGCCAGCUGCAGCGCACGGAGAAUGUCGCCGUGCCUCGAAGUCUUGAGGACCUUUUCGAAGAAAGGGCGGAUGACCUGGUUUUCACUGCGGAGCAAGCCUCGUUUGAGCGCAACAUCAACAAGCGCGUGGAUCAGGCCUUGCGACUCCGGGCAGAAGCAGACGAUGGAGAGUACGAGCGCUUGGCGGCUAUUAUCGAGGAGCAUGGCUCCAUGGUCGCCUGCUCUGGUGCCCCCGGCACGGGCAAAACUGCCGUCUUGGAUCGUUGCAUUCGAAGAGCCCAGCGCCUCGGGGCGCGAGUUCUUAUCGCUUUGCCAACCGGCGUGCAGCGAGCGCGCAUGAAGCAGCGCCAUCCCGAUGCGGAAUUGGACACGUGCCACGGAGCUUUCUUGUUCCACAAGCCGCUUGCAGAGGCCAUGGGGGUCCUCACUUGCUAUGACCUCGUGGUUAUCGACGAAGCCCCGCAGCUCUUCGAGGAGCAUUUUGAGCGGCUCCACGAGAUGUGGCUCGCCUCCGGCAAGGUGCCGUGCUUGGUGUUCGCUGGCGAUGAGUGGCAGCUACCGCCGCCUGAUCGCACCAAACGGAGCUUGGUCUGGCAUCCCAAGUGGAACUUUGUCCACAAGAUUGAGCUCCACCACGUUUGGCGCCAGCACUGCGAAGAUCCUCUUCUCCACAAGUUGGCUUUCCUUCGCAAAAACAGGCCGUUGGGACAGGAAGGCCAAUGCUUCGUGCGUGACCUUUGCCGCAAUCAUAAAGCGUGGUCCAGGCAUCACCAACCCAUGGCGGAGGACGUUCGCAUGCUCAUGGAGACGACGGCUGGAGAUACGACAGUUAUCACCUGCACUCGCCGAGGCGCUGCGCUCGUUAAUGCCCUUGCUCAAGAGGUGCUGUUCCAAGAUCAAGGCCAGCCAGCCUUAGGCCAGAUUGCUGCUGACUGGGAAAGCAAUCCUGCCAACUACGACGAGGAGACUGGUGUCUUGAAGGAAGGUCUACCGGAGCCCUCCCGCCUCACCCUCUACGCAGGCCUCCGCGUACGUCUAACGCGGAAUAUGGACAAAUCCCAUGACUUCGUCAACGGGAUGGCGGCCACGAUCCACAGCUUCGACUCGCGCCGAGGUGCGGUUAUCGUGGAAACGGAGACAGCCGAAACCCUCUGUGUUUACCCCGUGGCCGACGACAGCUGCCCGGGCGGCUACAUCACCUACUAUCCGAUGCGGUUGGGGUACGCAGAUACCGUGCACAAGUUCCAGGGCGCCGAACUCCACCACGUCACCUUCUGGCCAGAUCGGCCGGGCUGCCCUGCAGCGGGGUAUGUGGCCUUGUCUCGUGUGCGACACGACGGCGACUACCUUCUAGGCGGCUGCAUCACUGCCGAGCACUUCGUUCCCGCAAUGUGA